AUGGCCUCAUCGGGAUCGUGGACGUCGAGGCAGAACAAGAUGUUCGAAAAUGCCCUAGCUGUUUACGACAAGGACACCCCGGACCGCUGGCACAAUCUGGCGAGGGCUGUGGGUGGGAAAUCAGUGGAGGAAGUGAAGAGGCACUAUGAGAUGCUCGUGGAAGAUGUCAACAAGAUUGAGGCUGGUGAGGUGCCCUUGCCCAAUUAUAGAAAACCUGCUGCUGCUGCUGGGAACGGCAAAGCCUACUCUAACUCCAUGGAUAUCGAAGAACAAAGGAUGAAGAGUCUAAAGCUACAAUGA